CUUACUAAAAUAUCGAACUAGCGUUAAAACCAUGAAGAGAGCCAAGACAACCCAGUGUUUGUCGUCCAAACGGAAUGAAUUCCAUGAUGUAGAAGAAGAUGCGAGUUCUAGUUGUUAUUCUGGGUCAUAUCAAGUCCAAGAAAGGCAUUACCUCACCAUCGAGGAAACCCCUAAGACGCCAUAUGAAAAUGUGGACACAACGUCCGAUUCGGAUUCCAAUGAUUCAAGGGAUGAGAUACGAAAGGCACUUAUGAAUCUUGAGGAUAAACAGAAAGAACAAAAAACCAAAGAGCCACAAGGCGAAUCCCACCAUACGAAGAUGAACAAAUGGUAUUUGAAAGAAUUUGAGGACCAAAUGGGCCUCGAAAUCGGAGGAUCCGAUGAUUCAGGAGAUGCGUAUGAUAGUAAAAGCGAAAAAACUAUCAGCUCAGAUUCCGAACGGAUCAGCGAUUCGGAUGAUUCCAACUCUGAUGACUCCGGUUGGCUCGAAAGCAUUAAGAAUGUAAGUCUAUGUUCUUUGGAUAAAAGAACUGAAGAUUCCGAACCAAAGCCCGAAGAACAAUCGUUUUCAAUGCCAGUUUUCCGUGGUCCCAUGCCCUCGAUGCCAAUAUAUGAUGAAGUAACCAAAAAUUUUGAAAUAGUCCAGACUCCCAAACAGCCAGAAAUAAUUCAAGAAGAAAUAGAAAUGAUAAAGCCAAAUGAGUUGGAUGAAACCCCACCGAAUUUGGAUGAUAUAAACAUGAGCCCCAUUGAGGAAGUGGAGAAUUUUUUUUCUGACAGCGAAUCAAGCUCCGAAUUCGGCUUGAGUCUUAGUUUUUUGGAAAACGAUACAGAGGUCGAAGAUAUACUGGAGCAAUUAGAUGACCCACCUCAAAGUAAACUAAGCUACUGGGAGGAGAUGUCCGCGCUACCAGUUGACACAGGUGAAAUUUCUCAAGAAGAACUUAUUGCUAUUUUAAAUGAAGAGGAAAAGGAGAAGAAUGCAGAAAGAUCACAGAAUUCCGCAGAACAUCGAAGUGAUUCCGAGCUAGAAGAAGUCACCAGAGAUCAGACGUUGCAUGACGGUUUGGAUUUUUACGAAGAUAGUUCUCAGCUGCCGGAGGGCAGGGAGAACUUCAGUUCGGUGGUCAUCAAGGAGGAUUCGGUUUUCGUGGACUAUCAAGAGGCCAUCAAGAAACUUGAGAUACUGGUCCAAGCCGCUCCUAGUCAUCUAAAAUACGAGAUCAACCUAUUGAUAUAUCCCUUGAUGGUCCUGACUUAUCUGCAAAUGGUGGUCAGUGAUAAGGUUCAGAAGGCGAGGGCGUUUAUCCUUUUAUAUCAAGAUGAAUUUGAUGACUCUUUUGCACCAAGACUGGUGAAACUUAGGGAUAUUAGCAGGCCUGAAGAAGUUCCGAAUAAAGCAAGGAAACUGCUGGCUGGUCUCCAGAAAAUUGAAAUGGAAAUGUCGGAAAGCGCUUAUCGUAAGCUUCUUUUUGCUACAGAGGAAUGGCCCAGAGGUCAGCAGGAGAAAUUGUUAAUCCACUUUCAUAUUCAAAGCUAUAAUGAUGAGGAAAAGCCCCAGCAGCGUUUUGAGAUAGGUAAACCUCUAUUGGAACCAAUAUUUUAUGGGGCGCCGGAACCCAUGCAUAAGAAAGAUUUCACCCCUCGUCCUUUUCUUCAAAAACGUCGCAGGAAGAAGAACGAACCGCAGACUCAUAAGAAUCUUCACUUGCCCCCAGGCGACAAGAUGCAUAAUCCCAAUAUCAAGAGAAUGGAUUUGCUGCAUAGGAAGAACGAUGAACAGAAUCGAGUAAGAUUGGAUCGGGAUAACCUGCCGUCGGCCUAUCUUUAUACAGUCCCUCCCUGUGAUGAGGUGGUAAUAUGUGCCCACUUUUCGGACAGUAUUAGCAUGUUGGCUCUGGGAACUGUAGCCUCUGCCAUUCACAUUUUCUCUUUGAAACCCUCGAAAUUGGUUCAACUGAAACCGGCAAGCUGGCUAAAAGGUCUGGAUACCGGAAUGGCUGGUGUUGAUAAGGCUAUGCUGGAUCCCAACAGCAAAUGUACCAAGCGAACUCUUUACGGUCAUCAAGGACCUGUUUAUGGCUGUUCCUUCAACCCGGAGGAUCGCUUUUUGCUUAGUUGUUCGGAGGAUUCCACCGUUCGUUUGUGGUGUCUUCUAUCCUGGAGUUGUGUGGUCAUAUAUCCUGGACAUUUGGCACCAGUAUGCCAUGUGGUUUACGCACCAAUGGGUUUUUAUUUCGCCACCGCUUCGGAUGAUUGUACGGCCAGAAUUUGGGUGCAGGAUAAUAGAAAACCAGCUCGUAUACUCAUAGGACAUUUGGCCGAACUUGCGGUGUGCAUAUUCCACCCAAAUCGUCAUUACUUGGCCACUGGAUCUGCUGAUUCAACGGUUAGAAUUUGGGAUGUGAUAAAAGCCUGUCAAGUGCGACUUUUCAGGGGUCAUCGGGGCAGAAUAACCGCCUUGACCUACUCCAUUUGCGGUCGUUACUUGGUUUCUGGUGGAGAUGACAAACUCAUCAUGGUUUGGGAUACAGCCAACGAGACUUUGAUUCGUUAUCUAGAACAUCACAAGUCGUCUAUUAACACCAUGAAGAUCGCUUUGGAUAACAACAUAUUGGUGGUGGGUGGACAGGAUUGUCAGAUGACCUAUUGGGACUUUGAACGGCUGGUGAAGGAGUACCUGAAUGGGACUAGGUCUUCAAGAAAACAGAACCAGGCUGAAAAACAAGAUUCGAAUGUUGAAGAUUUGCUUCUAAACUCUUUUUCCAGCCAAGACGCUCCAUUUUACAAGGUCCACUUCAGCCGUCGCAAUCUUCUACUGGGCUUUUGUGCGACUCCCAAGGCAUCAAAAAAUAAUAUCCUCGAUAAUGAUAUUAAGCAACAACAGGCGGAGAAAAGUAAAGAAUUCGACGAUUGGCUGCAUUUUCUGGACACGGUGAAGUUGAAGGCUUGCUUUGAUCUCAAGGAUAAAAUACAUUUAAGUACUGAACAGGCGGAGAAGGAAAUGGAUUCUCAAAAGAAUAACUAA